AGGGCGCAAUCUUGUUGACAGAUGGCUGCAGACUUUAAAGGUUAUUGUCCCCUUUAGUGGAGGACGACAAUGAACCGCAACAAAACAACUGGAUCUGCUCCGUUUAUGUGUGUGUGUGUGUGUGUGAGAGAGAGAGAGAGAGAGAGAGAGAGGGCAGGCAGGAGCAUUAUUGACUCUGAUACACAGCACAUGCAGCAGAUCACUUUUGCUCCUCAUGUCUCCUCACAUCAAAACUAUUAUUUCUAGCCAUGCACUCUUGUUUCUUCUCUUCUUUCUGUAUUCUCAUUAUUAUGGUCAUGUGAUUUGAUGCGACAUGUUUUUCUCUCUGAUCGUGUUGGUUCACUUUUUGGCUCUGCGGUUCCCGCACUCUGCAGCAGAUCUUUGUAACUGGACUGGAAGCGGUUUUCCCUCGGCCCUGGACUCCAGGAUCGUUCUCCAGGUGCGGCUGCGCUGCACUCAGGGCUCUGUCAGGUGGGUCUACCCGGGUCAGGCUUUAAGGGUGGUCCUGGAACCGAACCUCUCCUCCUCCAUCUCCACCACCGUCUGCAUCAAACCGUCCUCAUCCUUCAGCGGUGCCAGCCUCUUCGUAGAACGCGGCGGCAGACUGGAGCUGCUGCUCACUGACGGACAUCGGCCGCGUCGGGUGUUCUGUUUCCGGGCCGAUGGGCCCCGCACGCCCGCCAUCUACCUGCAGGCCAGCCCGCUGCAGAGUGACGGACAGUGGAGCAGACGAACGAUGAGCUUCAGAUAUGAGGUGCUCAGGAACCGGAGUGUGGCCACGGACGAAGGCAGGAGCAGCAGGAUGCAGACCUCUUGUCGACCCUGCAACGAUGCAGAACUCCUGAUGGCCGUCUGCAACAGUGACUUUGUGGUCCGAGGCUACAUCAGGAACAUUUCCAACCACGUUGAGAGUCAGACAUCAGUAGUGAAGGUGUCAGCAGUAAGAGUGUACUCGCAGCGCAGUCGGCUGUUUAGAAGAGACAGAGCAUCUUUGGCGUCAACUCAGUUGGUUCCGUCCUGGCGUGGACAAAUUGCGGCUCCCCUACAGUGUGGCAUAAAGCCUGGAGAUGGAGAGUUCCUCUUCACAGGGUCAGAACACUUCGGGGAAGCUUGGUUAGGGUGUGCACCGCGAUACAAAGACUUCCUGUCCGUCUACCAGGCUGCCCGUGAGGCUCGCCUGAAUUCCUGCGACUUCCCUUUAGACUGAGGAAGUGUCAUGUUAUUCAACUCAGCACUUUUUUAUCUAAUUCCAGUGCUGACAUCUUUUAAUGUGCCGUUAAUGUGGCAUCGCCAGCAGGGACAAGGCUGCCAAAGUUCUGCUGGAAACUCCAUGUGGAGGAGUAAAACAGGAGGAAGCAGCGGGGGCCUCCUUCACCCCGGCUCAGGGAGGAACGGCUUUUGUCCUUUCUCCCAUCACCGCCUGCCUUUGCUCCUAGGAGACUGGAGGGGUCGGGCUGCCGCUCCCUCUUUGUCAUUCUCCCCUCAAUGACUGUUGUUCACUUUUCAGCCUCUGUGGGUCAAAUGACCCAAAGUGGAGGAGGGAGAUUUCUAAUCAUCACUGGACAUGUUUAAAUGCGAGGAUGUGAGAAUGAUGUCAGAAUUCAGCUCUUUUUGAUGUAUUUAUCACAUAAUCACAUUUAUGUACAUAAAACACCUGAUGCAUUUGUAAUAAAGGUGAUUAAAACUGAUUU